AUGCUGCUGUUCUCCACCUCAGAAAUAGAACUGAAGGGACUGCAGCAGCUGCAGGAGAUUCAUGACAUCAAGAAUGAUGCUUGGACCGACUUCAUGGACCACAAACUAGAUCAUGAAGCCCUUUUACGACAGUUAGAGGCCUCGGCUCCAGGUAUCAUGGCCGUGAGCAACAUUGCCUAUGGUAAAACUAUUUUGGAGAGACAUGCCGUCGAUUCUCUUAACAAUAGGUCUCUUAACAAUAGGGCUGAGGACGAUGUUCUCGACUGGCUUUGUCUGUCCGCGACAAGACCCGAAGAUGCCCUUCGCUCUCGGCUUUGGGUUUGGAAAGUCUCGCUCAGCAAGCGGGCUAUCGAGCUGAGUUGA